GAUGCUCCACAAGCCCCUCCUCUUCCGCGCCUAGGCACCCUAGCGUCCCAAGAUGAAAUGCUGCACACCUGGUGGGGCAUUAUCAUCCACGAGCGGUUGGUAUUCUCUCUAAUAAGCGGCUCAUAAUGUACUGUUAAGAUCUGUCUAGAAUGAUUAGCCUGACAGGCCGCCUUCCUAUCCGGCAUCUGCGUACCCGGGAUCCCGGGGCCAUGGAAAAUGCGUCACUCGAAGCGGAGCUCCACACAAUCAUGCCAAAGCUUGCUAUUGAUAGCCACUAUCCGGCAUUUUAUCUGCAGGCAAAAGCUGCUAUCUGGUUGGACCGAGUUCUUGAAAUUGUCCAAAGCCCUGUUGUGGCAUCCGAAGAAGGCCUCUCACACUUUCAGGCUGUGGACCGGGGUCUAGUCCAAUUUUUGAGAAUUCUGGUUCAGUUAGGCAUGGGAACGUGCUGCGAGGCGAUUGCUAUCGCGCUGAAUGCUUUCUUCUGCCUCCAUCACUGGCGCCUUGACCCUCGUACCCCUUCGGCUUUCACUGAGCAGCAAAAAGAUGAAUCGUCUCAGGCAAUCAGAACUGUCCUCACUAUUCUCGCAGACAUAGCCUCUGAUCAGGUCUAUUCGAGCGAGUCCAUGAAGGAGCUGAACGAUGGCAUGGUUGAGGCUUUCCCGUAUACUAUUACCAUGAUCUACCAGCUUCUACUUGAACUGCGGGAUCAUUUUCCUCCUUCGGAUUACCGGAGUUCAGCCGAGUCAUCGCCCCAAUCACUCUACGCUCUGCAGGAUAAGAUAAAUAUGAUGAAGUAUAUCUUAGUAAAGCAAACUGUGCGAUGGGAAAUCUCACGUGCGUAUAUUCCUCGCGUUCUAAUCCUUGCAGCUCUGUGUUCUGGAACACACCAACUAAGUGUAACUCCACUGACGUACUUUGUACUUAGGUCAAUAUGUUGA